ACCCCUGAGCCCCCCCUACUAGGGGCGGGGCCUGCGCAGGGUGCUGUGUGAAUGAGUGCGCGGCUGCAGACAGGCACAGCCACUCGCCUCUUCGUCCACGGCGGAGUCGGAGGUUGCCGGCAGAAGUGGCGAGGACGGCUUCUGCGAACCCUCUCCACUUCGCGACGGUGGUGGUGGUGGUGCCGGUGCCGGUGGUGGUGGUGAUGGCGAGCCGAAGGAUCGUCGUCUUCCCAACGAGUCUCUGCGGACACGCAGCGAGUCGAGAACUUCACGCAUGAGCACAGUGCUGGAGAAAAUUCCACCUGGCACGCCCACCAUCACCACUCCACCAACUCUCGGCAUUUAAAAUCCCCCGCAAAGGAAACGAAAGCGAGCAGUGGAGGCGACGAGCGCACGCGCGCGCGAGAUGGGCGGGUCGCACUCCAGCCGUAACUCCCCGCUGGCCAAGCUGGCGACGCUGCGCUCCCUCCACAUCGUCAUGCUGGGCCUGGACUCGGCCGGCAAGACCACGGUGCUCUACCGCCUCAAGUUCAACGAGUUCGUCAACACGGUGCCCACCAUCGGCUUCAACAUGGAGAAGGUGCGGCCCGGGGCGGGCGGCGCCCGCGGCGUCAGCUUCCAGUUCUGGGACGUGGGCGGCCAGGAGCGCCUGCGCCCGCUGUGGCGCUCGUACACCCGGCGCACCGACGGCGUGGUCUUCGUCGUGGACUCGGUGGACGCCGAGCGGCUGGAGGAGGCGCGCACGGAGCUGCACCGCGUGGCGCGCACCCCCGAGUGCCAGGGCGUGCCCGUGCUCGUCGUGGCCAACAAGCAGGACCUGCCCGCGGCGCUGGCGCCCGCCGAGGUGGAGCGGCUGCUGGCGCUCGCGGAGCUGGGGCCCGCGGCGCUGUGGCACCUGCAGCCGGCGUGCGCCAUCAUCGGCGAGGGCCUCUCCGAGGGGCUGGACAAGCUGUACGAGAUGAUCCUGCGCAGGCGCAAGAUGCUCAAGCAGCAGAAGAAGAAGAGAUGAGCGCCCGCGUGGUGCUGGUCUCCGUUGGCUGAUUGCUUUGUUCGCUUGUUCGUGUGGACUUGCGCCGGACGAACCCGUGGUGGUAUCUGUGAAACAGCGGAGGACUUGAGGAAGUACCGUUGUUGGUCGUCACUUUCUCAGCGUGUUUACAUGGGACGUGCUUUAACACGCGUACCGAAGCGACCUUAGAAGUGUUACUGUUUGUUGCAUACACUGGAUUGUGGCAUCACGUAUCGUCACUCAAGUGCUGGUUAUAAGAAAUAUCAUGUAUGUGGACACUGGAUUUAUACAAUACUUCUGCUGGUCAGGUUUACAAGGCUGUGGCUUCUUUGACUGCAUCCAGAUGCUUGAGCAAUUGAAUCUAAAACAUCGUAGCUAUAUUGGUAAGUAGAAACUUGUAAAAUAAUUUACCAUACAAUUGAAGGAAUGUUUCCUGCAACAAAGGUCAACACUGUAAAUAUCUCGGUGCAAUGAAGUUACAAAGUCCAACGGUUGUAUUGUGUUGCCCGAGUGCCAAUGCAAGUGAUUAUAAACUGUGGGCUGUUUGUCUUGUACACGGAGUGAGAGAAAUGCUCGCUUGAACAAAAUGCCUAUCCACCACAGCGCCACGUAAACCAAUGAAAUCAACGUAAUAUAAGCCAGCUUACUUAAGAAUGUGUUAAUGAACGACGACUGCUGGAAAGGAAGGCCUCCCUCAUACACCUUUCAGGCUGUGAUGGUUAUUUGACCAUACUUCACCACGCUGGUCAAUGUGGGUUGGUGAAGAUGGGGGGGGGGUGGGGGGGGGAGAUACACGAUGCAUUUUGCUGCACUACCCACAACGACUUACACCUGUUUUUUUGUUGUUGCUCAUGGUAUGGUCACCCAUCCAAGCAAUAUCGAGGGCUUAAGCUUUGCUUUAAGCCCGACGGGAUCGGGCGAAAUUCCAGGUGACUUGCUCAAUGGUUUAGUUGUAUAUUUGGAAGCUUAUACUUUGAAAGAGUGCCAACACUUCCCUCCCCGGCACCGCACCUCACGAUAAAGAACAUGUUUUGCCGAAGGAUUUUUUAAUAUUACGAUGUGGGAAAAAACUUGUCAGGCUUCGGGCCAAGAGGAUGCUUGGAGUGCAAGCCUGCCUUUUGUGUGUGGUGUGUCACGAGAGGCCGUCUUGAGCUGAGGCGUUGCCAGUGUCAUCUUGCACGGGCUCGUUUUGAUCUUCCCACCCGCUAUGGUGGAUUUAGGGAGGUUGUUUUUUUUUGGUAGUGCGGCAUCGUUAGUUCAGGGUUGGGGGCCCCUCGCCGCUAAUGAGGCGCCGUCCCUGUCGGGCCAGAGAAGUUUUGAAGGCGCACACCGCUGAAUGACACGGCCGGGCGGGAUUUCGCUAGGCAAUGCAAUCCGAGGAGACGACGGGAGGAGGAGGGGCACGCCGCCGCCGCUGCUGCUGCCGCUGCUGCUGCUGCACAGAGCACUUUGCUUUGUUGAGGCGUCCCCCCCCCCUUGCUUUCAUUCUGAUGCACGGUGCCUGGGCUCAGUGCCCACUUGGCUCUGACGGACUCCACACAAGAGGGAAGUUGUGGGCGGUAGCGUAGUGUUUGGUGCACACUGCACUCUGAACACGGUGCACAUUUGAAUCCCGGCCACUGCUAACAUCGGUGGCGAUUAUCUGAACCGGUCCUGGGCCUCCCCGAGGUUGACUCUGCCUUUUAAAUGAGUAGUACCUGGUGUGGCAACAUCAGUGCUGGGGAGACGAAGGCAGCCAGGCGUGGUGCUGUCCCACCCCCUCGUGCACCGUGCCGGUCAUCAUAAGUGCUCGCUCACAGCACUUGCCCCAACAGCCAGUUAUAGGCCUUGUGGGGUGAGGUGGGGGGGGAGCUUGUGCGAGUGAUUAUAAUAUUUUUGUUUAUCUUGUACCUUACCAGUCUAAUGAAGGUGUGAAGGGGGUGUGCAUCGGACGGUAAUAUCUCCAUCGAGUAUAUGGUACAAUAAGGAUUCAGCAUUAGAGGGGAUGAAGGAUCAACUUUGGUAUUCCCUCCCCCCCAUGUUUGUAUGGGACGAUCUUUUUAUUUUUAGAAGCGCCACUCUAUAGUGUUAACUUGCGAGGCCCGAGUUUCCCUGCUGUAAUAUCGCUUCCAUCAUCCUUGGUACUUUAAAAGAGUGGACGCGAGAAUGGUGGUCUGACCAAAAGUUACAUUUAUAGCCACGUAAGGGAUUUGUUUGUGGAGUAUACCGAGUGUGUCAAAGAGUUUACAGUAAACUGUGCACUGAUACACUUGUGGGGUGGGGGGUGUUGACAUUGUUGUGCGAGACCAAUGAAGCUUCGGCAUGUUUGUAUGGGACACCUGUAAUUAAAGACGAUUUUUGCUCAUAGUGUAACCCCUAUGCAAAAAUUCAAAAUAAUAAAAACGUGUUGACUUUGGUGCAA